AUGGGAGUUGAAGUUGUUGAAGUGAAAAUGUCAGCACCUGAAGGAUUGUUGUCUUUCGAAGGACAGCAAUUGAAAUUGGAUGAGGAUGCGAUAAUUGAACAAACUGCAUUGAAAAUUGAGCAAUUUUCACAAAUGAAUGUUCUUGAUUUACGUGGUAAUACAAUCGGAGUUUUGGCCGGUAAACGAUUGGCAGAAGCACUCAGAAAACAUCCAGAACUUCAGAGAUGCAUUUGGAGUGACAUUUUCACGGGAAGAUUAAAAACUGAAAUCCCUCCAAUUUUGAAAUCUUUAUGUGGAGCAAUGAUUCAGGCAAAUUGCCACAUUACUGAGCUCGAUCUCUCUGACAAUGCUUUUGGUCCAAUUGGAGCAGACGGAAUAAAAGAGUUUCUCGAAUCGCCGGCUGCAUUUUCUCUCACCACAUUGAGAUUAAAUAAUAAUGGACUUGGAGCUGGUGGAAAGCAAAUUGCUUCUUCAUUAAUCAAAUGCUACGAAAACGCAAAGCUCGUUAAGCGGGAUUUCAAACUAAAACGAUUCAUUGCUGGCCGAAAUCGUCUUGAAGUUCCAGGAGCGGUUGCACUUUCGAAAGCAUUCAUCAAAAUUGGAAGUUUGGAAGAAAUUCGCCUUCCUCAAAAUGGAAUUACUUCGAAAGGAAUUAUUGCAUUAUCAGAUGCAUUCGACGCCAACGUCAACCUUAAAAUUAUUGAUAUUAACGACAAUACAAUGACCGAAGUUGGCGCUACCGCAAUAGCCGAAGUCCUUUUGAAACUUCGAAAUCUCAUCGAAUUAGACCUUGGCGACUGUCUUUGCCGUGACCAAGGUGCUUUUGCGAUCGUAUCGACACUAGAUCGUGUUGGAAGAGCUUCUCUUCAGAAAGUCAAUCUCAGUGGAAAUGAACUGUCAGCGUACGCAAUUGAAGAUAUUGCUGAAUAUUUUUGUAAUCCUAACCUUCAACAUGUGAAAGUCAAUUUGUCAUGCAACAACCUUGGCAGAUAUUUCCAUGAAAUUAGUGAACGCCUUCAAUCAAAUGUCCUCGAUUUUGGAGAAUCAGAAGAUGACCAGGGAUCACUUUCUGGAGAUGAUUCUGAGAUUGAUGAAGACGAAGAUGAACUGGAAGGAGAGGACGCAAGCAUGGAAGAAGAUGACGCAAAUACUUCUCGCGAAACAGUGAUCAAUACUUCAAUUCAAAAAGGAAAAAUUGAAAAAGAUAUUGAUGAUCUUGUGUCGAAAGGAUUCGGUUGUAUGAAAAUUGAUGGCGCUGAAAAUGAUGGCGUCUUGUCAUUCCUGGAUCAGAAAUUGAAACUCGAUACAGCAGCCAACGCCGAGAAAGUUGCACGUGAAAUUGAAAAUACUUUGAUUGUAAAAACACUGGUACUGAAGGGAAAUACAAUUGGAGUCGAAGCUGGAGAACGAUUGGCAAAAGCUUUAGAAUGCCAUCCUGAACUGGAAAGAUGCCUUUGGAGCGAUAUGUUCACUGGUCGACUCAAAACUGAAAUCCCACCAAUUCUGAAAUCACUUGGCAAAGCGAUGAUAGCUGCAAACUGCCAGAUCAUUGAACUCGACUUGUCGGACAAUGCCUUCGGACCAAUUGGAGCUGAAGGAAUUAAAGAGCUGCUCGAGUCUUCUGCAUGCUUCUCACUUGAAAUUCUCAAAUUAAAUAACAACGGAUUGGGUGUUGGCGGUGUUCAAAUUGCGGAAUCUCUCGCGGAAUGCUUGAAGAGGUCCGAACAGAAUGGAGGCGAAUCACGUCUAAGACUCAAAACAUUCAUUGCUGGAAGGAAUCGGCUUGAAAAUAAAGGUGCGAUGGCACUCGCAGAGACAUUCAAGAGAUUGGAAACUUUGGAAGUAAUCGAAAUCCCUCAAAAUGGUAUCAAUAAAGCUGGAAUCGAAGCAAUUGCUGAUAGUUUGAAACAUAAUAGAAAGAUUCGAGUUUUGAAUCUCAACGAUAACACUGCAACUCAACUUGGAGCUUACGCCAUUGCCAAGAAUUUGUCUCAUUUGCCCCUUUUGGAAGUUUUAGAUCUUGGCGACUGUCUUUGUCGCGAUCAGGGAUGCCAUGCGGUUAUUGACGAGCUUAAUCCGUCUAUUCAUCGGCACUUAAAAGAAGUGAAUCUGACCGGCUCAGAAAUGUCACCGCAAGCUGCCGAAUUGAUUAUGAAGAAAUGGGAAAAGUUCAAUGCUCUUCCAACAAGGCCCAUUCUAAAAAUUGGGUCUAAUAACUUUGGAGGUUUAUUCAAGCAAGUUGGUUCGAAAGCUCCUCAAAAUGUGAUAAUUGGUGAAUCGGAUGACGAUUGUGGAUCAUUGAGUAGUGAUAGUGAAGAAUACGAUAGCGGAGAUUCAUCUGAUGAGGAAACUGAGAUUGAUGUCGAAGGAGCCGGUGAUUCCUUGGCAAUGAAAGAUAUGCAUCGUCAUGAACUUCAAAUUGAAGCGUUGAAGGAAGCUUACGAAAGUCGAGUUCAAGAUGCGUCUGCAAGAGUUUUGCUCGAGCUCACCUCGCCGUUAAGGGAAUGCCGAAACAAUGUUGAAAUGAUGAAUAAAAUAUUGAGUGUUGCCGAUGAGGUCGUUCGCCGUGUGGCCGCCGUGAAUCGCAAUCCGAUUCCGACCACAACUCAGCUCAUCAAUCAUUGUGUGGCACAGUGCAAAACGCUUGGAGUUAAGCCCGAAGAUGACUGGGGACUCGAUUUGAAUCCCGACGAUGUCGGAUUCCUCCUCAAACACCUCAUUUCUCGCGGACAUUUCGCUAGUGACAAAAAUCUCAUUUUCCAUUAUUUGUAA